AUGAACACAAACAACCAUAACAAUGAUAUUAACGAUGUAGAUAUUUCUACAUUAACCUUGGCCCAAAAAUUAUCCCAUAAAUUAUGGAAAGCAAGGUUAAACGGUUAUGAGGAGUUAGCCAAUGAAUUUCUAAAUCAACAAAAAAAAAUAAAUAACAACAAUAAUAAUAAUAAUAAUAAUAAUAAUAUUCAGUUAUUAAACGAAUAUAUUCAUAAUUUCAAUACAGACCAAUGCUAUGAUUUUACUAAUUUUUUAAAUGAAGCAAACGUUGUUGCCUUGGAUAAAGCUACCCAAUCGCUUCUGGAGUAUCUCAAUCUUAUAGAUUGUCUAAUCGUUAAUCCAUUCAGUCAUAUCUCCUUGUCAGCUUAUCAAUCCUCCCCUUCAUAUGUUAAAAAAUUGGAUACAAUGAAAAGUCAAGUUUUAGAACCUUUAAUUAUAAAAGGCGUCGUUUCCACCAGGCACACAACUAGGGAAAAUUCAAUGAAAUGUAUUUUAAAAUUUGUACAAUUCGAUGGUAAUACGACUUCUACAGUUGACUUCAUAACAAAUAAUUUUUUAGCAGACACAUCAAUAGUUAAAAAACCCAAAAUUUUACAAGGUUAUUGUAGUUGUUUAUACGAGAUUUUGGAAACAUUUCGUGAUCUACCAUCAAAUAACAUUUCAUUUAUUAACUUAAUGCAGAUAUUACCCAAAUUAUCUAACAAUGCUGAUAAAAAAGUCCGAGAUCUAAUUUUUCAGAUUAUUGUUGUAAUAUAUCAAUGUUUGACUCAAAAGGAUAUUUUGUAUGAGACGGUGAUUAACAAUUUAAAACCCAUUCAACAGAAAAUUUUAAAACAAAUGUUCACUAAAGCCGAGGAUACCACAAAUGUUGUUACUCAAAAAAGAUAUGAGUGGCAGCUUAUUAAAGAAAGGGAAGAAAUAGAAGAAAGAGAAAAACAACAAUUAAUGUUGCAACAAAAAAAUAAGAAUGAUAACGUGGAUGAAGAUGGUGAUACUAUGAUGAUGAUACAUAGCAAUAUUGAUAAUAAGAUUGAUAGUAGUAGUAAUAAUAACGCUCAAUUAGAUCCUUUUGAAAUCUAUACAUCAACAAAACUAUGCCAACUUUUCAACUUUGAAGAUUUUGACACACGAAUAAAUAGCUCUAAAUGGAAAGAUAGGGUGGAAGCGCUAACUGAGCUAGACAACUUUUUCGUUAAGAACAAUAUUAAAAAAUUAGAUUCCUCCAAUGAAGAUUAUUCUGUAUUAUUCAAUUCUUUGAUUCAUCUAAUAAGCAAGGAUGCUAAUUUACAAGUAAUCCAACUAGCCGCAGAUAUUUUCACCAAAAUGGUUGAUUGUUUACGCUCCCAAGGGUUCUCUCAAUAUUAUAAUAAUAAUAACGUUAAUUAUUUAGUCCCACUAAUUGAAAGAUUAAAGGAAAAAAAGCCUUCUGUGAAUAAAAGUUUGGUAGAAUGCAUUCUAAUAAUUAUAAAAUAUGGUGGCCGUAACAGUAAGGAUCGAGGAUUGAAAAUGGUUAUUGAUGACAUCAUUAUGUUUCUUUCCCCAAAGAAGCUGUUACAGGUUAGAUUAGAAACCACCAAAUUGUUUACUCGAUUGAUGAAUUUAUAUCCAUCAGAUUAUAAAGUAAUCAAGAAUAAAUUGAAUGAUUUAAUGCCUUUGUUAAUAAAGAUAUGUAAUGAGUCACAAGGCCCUAUUAGAAACGCAGGUUUUCAAUGUAUUGCUACAGUAAUGAGAUUGUUUCAAUAUAAUACAGGAGAAACUACAAUAGAAGAUGAAUUGGAUGAAUUUAUAACCAAAUUAGAUAAGUUGAAAUAUAAAAAAAUUAAAGAAUUUUAUGAUGGCAUGGAAGAUUUCGGAAAUACUAUUGCCGGUGCGGAGGAUGUUAAUAAUAAUAAUAAUAAUAAUAAUAGUAUCCGUAACAUUAAAAAUAAUAAAAUAAGAUCGGUUUUACCCUUAAAAAGAAACGCUUCUCCUGUGAAAAAUGAUUUAAUCGUCGAAAAUAGUGGUAAUGCUGACACUAGUAAUGGUACUAAUAUUCAUUCAGUAGAUGAAACCAAAAAACCAUUGUUAUUAAGUGAUAUUAAUAAUAAUAGUGAUAAAGGUAUUGAUAACUCUAGCACCAAGAUUACUGAUUCUGAACAUAUAUUUGGUUCAAUAAAGAAAAGACAAGCCACUCAAUCAUCUCUAGCACCCUCAACUGCACAAAAUACCUGGAAGUUGGAAAAAUCAAAGUAUCAAAGGAAAAUUGAUGCUUUGGAAUUAGAGAAUAAAAACUUGAAAGAUCAAUUGGAACAGAAAAUUGAAAAAUGUGACCAAGUAACUAAAGAUUAUAAAUCACAGACAAAUAGAAUCAAAACCUUGGAAAACCAGUUGACUGAAUCCACUUUGAAGAUCACAGAUUUGGAGAAUCAAAUCAUUUUGUUAAAUAGCAAAAAUAACACCAACGAUAAACAAAACGGAAGGAGUUCAAGAGCUUCUAGUUUUUCCAGUGAAGAUUUAAAUAGCAAAGUCAACCUACUAAAAAUAAAUAACAAUAGUCAUGUGUUUAGUAAUAGUGAUAGUAGCAACAAUAGGAGUAGUAGUGCGUUUAGUAAUAUUACAAGCAAACAUAAUAAUGCCAGCAUUAACGAGUUGGGUAGUUCACCGGUACAUGUUGACAUUAAAAGUAUUGGUAGUAGGACAAGUCUCAGCAAUGGGAGAAGUAUGUCUAAUAACACAAAUACUAAUAAUUCUUUAGGUUUAAAUUCAGUAACUUCUCUAAAUUCAUUUGUUACGGACGAAUCAUGGAAAAGAGCUGCUGAAGUUACUGAACAAUUAAAAGCUAGAAUCGAAAGAAUGAAAGCUAAAUCAAGAUCGAUCAGUAAUAACUAA